CACGCUCGACGGCGGCUCGAGGCGCGCCGGCCAUGGCGGCGCAGCGGCUGCGCUCGCCGGAGCAGCAUGCCGUGGACAACGUCCGGCGUGCUCCUUCGUCGAGCGUGGCUGGUAGCGUCCGUGCACAUGGCGCAUCAAGGAGGCAGGAGGGGCGCCGGCCACCGCGGCAUGAAGGGGUCGACGGCGACGUGCAGGGCGACGGCCGUACACGCGCGCGUCCGUAAGAGCGGCGGCCAGGCGCAAGAGCAUUCCGCUCGUCGGCCAGGGCACGACAGCGUCGCGGCGUCUCCGCCCUCGCACAGCGGUGGGCGUUGUGCAGGCCCCGAAGGGAAAAGGCGGCUACGCGGUGCAUUGAGUGAGCAUUUCUUCUCAUUCUCCCCAAAAUCGUAUUCAUCAGUGCUUAAUUGGUGAAAAAUAUGCCUAAUUUAAAAAAAAAUAGUGCUCUACCGAAAUUGGGGAUUUGUUUUCUAGGGUUCUUCAACAUGGGGGUUUGCUACUGUACGUGUGCAAUGUAUCCUCCUGCCUUCUAAUUUGCUAAUCCAAACGGAAUCAAAUACUUUUAAAGAUGAUCAAUUUUAAUUAACAGAAACUUAAUCAUGAGCAUCAAUUCUUCAGCGGCUUAAUUAAAACUGAUUGAGCAUAAUGGCAGUAGAGAUCCGUGGCAAAUUAGAAUACCACAUGAUGAUUUACUGACGGCAUUAGAAAAAAAAACAGCAGCAUACAUAUUGGGAUAACCAGGGGCUUAGAUCCAAUCUUAAAACAUAAAACCCUAAUCAUGAGAUUGAUCUACUGAUCAGAGUAGGGUUCUAGUACAAUCAUGUAGGCGACUGAUACCAUUGUUGGAAUAAUUAUGCAUCUAUAGGAUGCCAUUAGUAGAAAUUGAUUGCAACUAGAACACCUAAUUGACAUGAACAGAGAAGGGUUUAGGGAUCCUUUACAUGUCACGGGAGUGGACAUGAUCGCCUGCUCGGUGCAGGCGUGAUGCAGGGGUGAUGUAGUCGAAGCAGAGGUUCUCCUUGACGUCCUGUUUCCUUCAGGACGCCACCGGCACUGGCCGGGGACAGCAGCGGCGGCUGGCUUGGGCCUUCCCGUCGCUGUAGCGCUCCCCCUGAUCGGAUGGGGUGAGAAUAUCGGGAGGAGAGUAAACCUUAAGUGAAUUGUGAUCUCGCAGGUGGCCAGCUCUCUCCCGUAUCCUUUUAUAUGGCGCUGGCGACAGGGGACCCAAAACCCGAGUUGGUUUUUGAGCGCCCCCGAUCAGGGCGCGUUAGUUCUGAUCGAGGCUCACGUACGUUGGUACGUGGACCCCUUCACUUAUCGUUAUCCCCUUAUUAUUUUUUUUUUCUGUUAGACUAAUAGAUCUAAUUACCUGUUAAGCCGUCAGAUCAAAACCAACAUGUACAUGCCCUAAGGAAUUGGCUGACCGCCUGGAGGGGAAGGGGAAACGAUGGGUUCCCAGGAAGGUCGUGCCCCCUCGGUUACAAACUGACUCACUGGAUUCUAGUAGUAACUGAAGAUUACGUGGCUUAAGAAAAUCACAGCAAACAUAGUUAGUGGGUGAAAGGAUUGCUGAUGUGGCGAAAUGAUGAGGUGGAUAGGCCGCUUGUCAAGAGAAAUGAUAUAGUGGGAUAAACUAUUUAGAUAUUAUAGAUUACAGAAUCGGCCCACACUUGUCACCUCCAUACUACUAGUCCACCUCCGAUAGCUAGUUUCUCCUUGAGCCAGCAUUCAGGAGAGGAACAAGAAAAAGUUUAUUUUUUGAGACAUACUAGCCCAUAUUUUGAAUAGGAUCUUAAUGAGCCGCGGCCCAAUGUGCAGCGCAGGAGGAGAGAGCAGCUUAACUGGCCCACUAGCCCAUUGCUCUGCAGAGUACAGCGCCAGCGGCGAUGGAAACCCCACAGCCACCGGCGAUUCCCCGCCGCCGCCGUCGUUGUCGGGCUGAGUCUCCGGCAGGCCGGUGCAAACCGGCAACACCCAUUUGUCCACCAAGACGACAGCGUCGACGGAAACCCCACUCGGACGGGACAGCCGUCGUCGUUGGGCUGAGUCUCCGGCAGGCCAGCACCCUUUCUUUUUUAGUCGAUUGAAACCCUUUGACAAUGAUACGGGAUCUUUUUCAUUUGUGCUCUCAUCCUGAUCUGAUGCAUGCUUUGUUAGUCGAUUGGUAAGCAUAUGUACCUUGUCAGAGCUUGUGGUUAAACAUAAACAGUUGGGAAUUGUGCUGCUCAGUUUGGCAUAGCACUAGUAAUUCCUUGAUAAGCUGGGAUAGAGUAGUAGUAGUAGUAGCAGUCGUUGUUAGUUAGAGCUUGGAAAUUUCGUCCGUCAGGGAAGAUGGAUCCAUGUACUACACAACGGCCGGCCGCUCUUUUAAAAACAUACAAGUCGGACAUAUAAAUGUGCUGCUCAGUUUAGCAGUAAUUCAGCUCUAUUUUCUUCAUUGGUAGCGGUAGGCGGGAUAGGCUAGUUUAUGCCGAUCGUUGCAGAUUUGACCGCGUGAUCAGCAGUCUCGGGUCUAUGAUGAUAAGGCUGUGCUGCGUCGUCGAUUUCUGAGAGCCAGUCUUGUGGAUGCACACCCUAGUACUAUAUAUUAUGGGAAUGCAAUUUGAUUGCCCAGUUAUUAAGCAACAAGUUGUCAGCUCAGACGUCCCUGUCAGUGAAACCAAACACCAGUUGGUUCUUAUGUACUUAUGGAUUAAUAACUAGUACGUACGUAUCAUUGAGGAUGCUUUGACAAUUUUAAAUUACGAGCUAGACGGCAAUGUUUAGUUGAAACAGUCCUAUCCCCGCGUCACCCUAAUAAUUGAGCUCCUUCCCUUUCUUUACUCCAACUCACCAAUAACACUUGAAAACUAAUAGCACACUUGCUAUGUAUUUUGGCCACUUUCUCCUGCUGCCCCUUACUAACUCGUUACAACUUGAGCCUUCUUCCCCAUCUCUGAUAGCUAGUUCUAGUGAUGGAUCCAGUUAGCAUUGCUGCUGUAGGAUGGAGCGUGACCAUGGUUGGUUGGGUCGCUUCGGCUACCAUCUCUAGGCUCCUCAACAAAUGCUUUGAUUACAUCGACCAUGACACAAAUAAGAAGCUGGCACAACUUGAGCCCAAAAUCUUGGUGCUGGAACGGGUCAUGGAAGUUGUCGCAACGAGCCCAUACAGGCCUCGUCUCGAGCAGCUGUUCAAGGAGCUCAAAACUGCUUACUAUGAAGCCGAAGAAAUCUUGGAUGCUGUCGAGUAUCACUGUCUUAAGAGAGAUAUCAAAUAUGGCAAACUGCAGCCGAGCGGAAGCGUACCUCCACCUAAGAGGGAUCGUAAGAAGAAGCUCUGGUCUUCCUUGGCCAAGUUCACUACCCCCCUAACAAAUAAGGUCUCCUCUCUUCCUCUUGCUUCUGCGCACAACAAAUCGUUUCAGACCAAUGCAUCAUUUCAGGCAACAGGGCAUUUCCAGACACGGAUGGAGGAGAAAUGAUUUAAUAGCUUAAGGCAGCGUCACAAAAUGCUUCAGGUAGUGUCAUCACACAUACUGUCUGUCCAUCCCUGUGCACAGCGUACUGGAGAUGAUGAACUGAAAGAUGUGUAUGUAUGACUAUGCUCUGCUUUUCCACUACUACAUCUACAUGUGAUGCUCUGCUUUCCUCAACAACCAAUCGAUCGGUUGAGCUCCAUCUCCCAAUCAGGCUAUGACAUAUACUCUACUCUGGCCAAAAUUGUGUUAUAAACAUUAGUAGAUUAGAAAGGAUAUCAUGGUGAUACGUUUCCGUCGUAUCUAUUUUUCCAAACACUUUUGCCCUUAUUUUGGACUCUAACUUGCAUUAUUUGAAUGGAACUAACCCGGACUGACGCUGUUUUCAGCAUACUUUCCAUGGUGUUAUUUAUGUGCAGAAACAA